CUAAAAAGCCUCAAAAACCAGGAAGUGACAGGACAUGUGGAUACAUUGGAGAUUUGCUAUUAUUACGUAAAGUGAGUAAGCAACAGGAGUGAAAUAAUACAGAGGUCCCAUGUUCAGAUCACAGCAUCUGGAAUUCCCAGAUAUCUCCAAGCCUAUGUGCGAUGCACCAAAGGACCUAUAACUGGAUUUAAGAAGCUUAUGGGUGUGAUUGUCAGGUUUUAUCUCAAGCUCAGAGCUGCAGAAGGAACGCUCGACUCUUAGCUGGACAUUUUAGAUCAUUCCUAAGAGAUUCCGAUUUUGGAAAUGAAUUUCCUGCAAUCUCUGUCUCUGACAUGGAGUCUAGUUAUACUGGCGGUCACGCUUUUGUUUAUUUACAGUGUUUGGCCGUACAGAUUUUUUAAAAACCUGGGAAUCCCAGGACCAAGGCCAUGGCCCUUUGUGGGAACUUUUCUGUCCUACAUAAAGGGCUUUUACAAUUUCGAUAUGGAGUGCUUCAAGAAAUAUGGAAAGGUUUGGGGGAUAUAUGAUGGAAGACUACCAAUACUGAUGAUCUUAGAUAUUGAAAUGAUCAAGGCUAUUAUGGUAAAAGAAUGUUUCUCCACCUUCACUAAUCGAAGGGAAGCAAAUCUUGAUUUGGCUGGUCCUUUCGCUGAUGGGAUAACUGUAGUAAAAGAUGAAAAGUGGAAACGCAUCCGUGCUUCUCUCUCUCCAUUCUUCACAAGUGGACGGCUUAAGGAGAUUUUUCCUCUUGCUGAGAAAUAUGCAGACCGCUUUAUUGACCAUUUGAAGAAGAAAAACCCAAAAGAAGCAGUCAAAGUUAAAGAAGUCAUUGCUACUUAUUCGAUGGACGUGGUCACCAGUGCCUCCUUCAGUGUUGACAUCGAUUCCCUUAAUAACCCCGAGGAUCCUUUUGCCACCCAUAUCAAGACAUUUUUAAACUUCAACUUUUUCAGUCCUUUAAUCCUGAUCAUUACCAUUUUUCCUUUUCUUGUUCCGCUUCUAUCCAAACUGGGAGUGACCUUGUUUUCAAAAUCAGCUAUGGACUUUUUCUACAAUUCCCUGAAAAAGAUCAAAGACCAGCACAACACAAAAGCAAAUAGGCGAGUGGACUUCCUGCAGCUCAUGAUCGAAAGUCAAAUAUCUGAUGAGCAAGCUGAGAAAGCUGACGAUCAACCAAAUAAAGGCUUGACUGAUCACGAGAUUCUUUCCCAGUCCUUUAUUUUCCUCCUGGGAGGCUAUGAGACCACCAGCACAACCCUGACUUAUCUACUAUAUAAUCUCGCAACUAACCCCGACAGCAUGAGCAAGCUAGUGGAGGAUAUUGAUGCGACCUUUCCUCGUGAUGCUCCAGUAACAUACGAUGCAUUGUUUAAGUUGGAGUACCUGGAAAUGGCCAUUAAUGAAUCAAUGCGUCUCCUCCCUACUGCUCCCCGUCUGGAAAGGAUGUGCAAGAAGACUAUAGAGCUUAAUGGACUCACCAUUCCUAAACAAACUCUGGUUGGAAUUCCUACAUACGUUCUGCAAAGGGAUCCACAGAUCUGGGAGUCUCCUGAAGAGUUCAGACCUGAGAGGUUCGGCCCUGGGAAUGACAUCAACCCCUACACUUUCAUGCCGUUUGGUCUCGGGCCUCGUAACUGUGUGGGAAUGAGGUUUGCUCAGUUGAUCAUGAAACUGAUGAUAGUGAAGCUGCUGCAGAACUUCAGUGUGGAGACGUGCAAAGAAACUCAGAUUCCUAUUCAACUCAAUGCUCUCUUUCAACCAAAAGUUCCUGUGACUCUGAAGUUUGUUCCAAGAACUCACAGUGAGGAAUAGUUAAGCAUUAUGCUGGCAGCACAUGACACCACUCCAUAAAGGGGGGCUUGUCCUUUUUUUUUUUUAUUUUAUUGAGAAGAUAAUUGAUUAUGCAUGAAGGAAGAAACUUGCAUUAGUUUGUCUUUGUAAUUUGACUCUAUUAAACCUUUCAGGUAUUUUUAAUUGAAUAUGUCGGGCCUGUAAUAAUCUUACAAUUGUUUAUAAUUUAUACGUUCUUAAAUUAAAUAUUAAGAAAUUUUAUAAAUAUUGUAAUGCCAUGUUGGGACCAUUUUUGUACAAAAUUAUUCAGUGAUGACUUGGACAUUCAUUGCUUUUUUCCCUUGUUAUUAAACUAUACACUCUAAUGGUGA